CACCUAUUGCGAGACGAGGCAGCAAAAACCGAGCAGAAGAAGGGUCGUUCAUCAACUGUUCCUGAUCUGAAACCUGUAACAGAGGAAGGCGGAGAUGUAAAAAUAAAAAUAACACCGCAGAUAAUUCAUGAUAUUUUUGAACAUUAUCCAUCUGUCAAGAAGGCAUAUACAGAAAAUGUUCCACAUAAUUUAAAGGAAGAAGAAUUCUGGAAGCGCUACUUCCAAUCCAAAUUUUUCCACAGGAAUCGCUCCAAUGCAGACAGAAUGAAGAAUCAGCAAAAGGACGACAUAUUUGAUAAAUGCUUUGCUGAAGAUGAAGAUGAAUUAGUUCAUGGUCCCAAGAAGAGAAGGCUCGAUCGUUUGAACCGAUUGAUUGAUUUGUCCAUGACUGCUGAGGAUCAUUUGGAGAGUGGAAAUGAACCGGAUAUAACAAUGCAACCGGGUACAGGAAAAUCACUGACACUUCUUCGAAAAUUUAAUCGACAUGCUGAACGGGUGUUAAAAUCCUCGUUGAGUGAAAAGCCGAUGAAACCCAAGGAAUCACCUUCUGACUAUACACAGAAAAAAGGGUACAAGGAUGAAAUUAUAAUAGAGGAUCUUGAUGCAGACGAAAUCGAACCGAGAAUUUUGUUAAAUAUUAAUGAUUCAAGAAGAUAUUUUGAAAGUCAGACAGGGACUUCUAUGAAUGAUAUUGGACAAAACGAAAAGUUUCCAACAUCCGCUCUUACAAAUAUGAAAGCUCUCUUUGCAGAUUGGCAUCCCGAUUUGCGGAAGCCAAUAAGGAGAUCAGUAUCAUCCCAAGUCACACAAAUGCUCAACAAAGCCAUCAAAGAUAGGAAUAACUUAAACGCGCGGCAACGAAAUUCGGAAAUGAAAAUUCCUCCAGCACUCGAGCAGCAGGUUAUGAACAUUCAUUCAGCUAGUAAGGAAUUUCUUCGACAUUUCUGGUCAACAGUAAAUUCCGCGGCCCCCGAACGUAUAGAAAAGAAUAAAAGAAUGGUUGAGCAGAUAAGGAAAACGCUAGAGCGUAUAGAUGAAGUUGCGGAAACAGCAGGUGAAGAUGGGAAAGUCGUACGGCUGAUGUUCAAACACAUGGAAGCUGCAUUAAAGAAUGCUCUCGUAGUACGCCAGGCCCCAAUUAAUGGAAAACGGAAACGGGCUCAAUAA